GCACGACAACACUCAACUACCUAAUUAAUCUAUCCGUGUCCACCCACCAUUAGGGUCCAUUGUGUUGGUAUUAGUUCGAUGAAACAAGCAAAUCAGGCUUGAGAAAUGGAUUCAACAGACCCACGGUGCGUACAUGCGCGAGCCAUCACAACAGGCGCCGCAAAAGCUAACCGUGCAGUGCUAAACAACCUCAUCACUCUCUACUCCAAAUCCGAUCUCCGGUCAGACGCCGCCCGUGUUUUCCGUUCAAUCCCAUCGCCCAAUGUCGUUUCAUGGACAGCCCUCACAUCUGCAUUCUCCAACUCACCACUUUCCUUUCAUCAUUUCAUUUCCAUGCUCCGUCACCCUUCAAGAAUCCUACCCAAUAGCCAUACUUUAACGUCCCUUCUCAAAACAUGCGCCACUCUUCCUGCACUCACCUUCGGGGCACAACUUCAUUCUCUUGCUGUCAAAUUGGGUUUCUCUGCAGAGCUGUUUACGGCGUCAGCUCUUGUGUCAUUGUAUUUUAAAACUGGGUUGUCGAAUAAUGCUAAGAAGGUGUUCGAUGAAAUGUCUGUGAGAGAUGAGGUUUGUUUCUCCUCGGUUAUUGUUGGGUUUGCUCAGAAUUAUAAGCCUAUUGAUGCUUUAUCGUGUUUUGUUGAAAUGAGGAGGAGUGGUAUGGCAUCUACUAUGGUUAGUGUUUCUGGGGCUUUGCGGGCGGGUUCUGACAUGGCUAUGCUUGAACAAUGUAGGAUUAUUCAUGGGCACGCGAUGGUAACAGGGCUUAAUUUGAAUGUUAUUGUAGGCAGUGCAUUGAUUGAUGGGUAUGGGAAAUGUGGGCUUGUGGGGAAUGCUCGUGGAGUGUUUGAUGAGCUUGAAAUGGAACUCAAUAUUGUCGGGUGGAAUGCGAUGAUGGCAGGGCAUGCUCAACAAGGGGAACAUGGAAAUGUCAUAGAGCUUUUCACUUUAAUGGAAGAACGGGGAAUGGUACCAGAUGAGUACAGUUUCUUAGCUACUUUGACGGCAUUAUACAAUGCAGGUUUAGUUGAAGAGACUGAGAUAUGGUUCAAGAGGAUGACCGAAGAGUAUAGUUUGGAGCCGUGUCUUGAGCACUAUACGUGUUUGGUGGGUGCAUUGGGAAAAGCAGGACGUCUGGAGGAGGCAGAGCGAAUUGCUUUAACCAUGCCUUUUAAGCCAGAUGCAGCUUUAUGGCGAGUAUUAUUGUCUAAAUGUGCAUAUCAUGUGAAUAUGGAUAUUGCGUGGAGGAUGAGUGAUAGGUUGUUGGAGAUUAACCCAAUGGAUGAUUCAGCUUAUGUAAUUUUGGCUAAUGCUUAUGCAAGUGCAGGGAGGUGGGAUGAGGUGAGGGAGGUGUGGAAGAGAAUGAAGGAUAAGAAAGUGAGGAAGGAAGGUGGGAAGAGUUGGAUUGAAGCGCUGGGAGAGGUUCAUAUGUUUUUAGCUGGUGAUAGGAGGCAUGAGAGAACCAAUGAGAUUUAUGCUAAGUUAACAGAGUUAAUGGAGGAGAUUGAGAAACUGGGUUACGUGCCCGUAUGGACUGAAAUGUUGCAUGAAGUAGAAGAGAAGGAGAAGAAGAAAUCACUUUGGCAUCACAGUGAGAAGCUGGCAUUGGCAUUUGGAUUGUUGAAUGGAACAGCACCACCUGGUAAAGCUUUGCGGAUUGUGAAGAAUUUGAGAAUUUGCAGGGAUUGUCAUGAGGCAUUUAAGUAUAUUAGUAGACUUGUUGAUAGAGAGAUUAUAGUGCGGGAUGUUAAUAGAUACCAUAAGUUCUUGAAUGGAAGCUGCAAUUGUGGAGAUCAAUGGUAAGACUUUAUUGAAAACAAAUCUGAGUAAGAAGAAGACCUCAAACUGACGUCUUCUUGGCUUUCUCUUGCACAAAGAUCUUUGCCUUUUGUUGUUGAUACUGACCAAGCCGUUUAUUGAAAACCUUAGAUCUGCUAUAACUCAACCCCUCAGUUGAACUGAAGUUGCAGUCUCAAAUAAUUCGAGACUUCAUUCACCUAAUAAUGGUGCAAGAUCAAAUCUUGUUGCUGAUGUAUUAAUGAAGGGCGUUUACUGCUAGAUCAUGCUAUUGACAUUGUUGAGCAGGCCAAAGAAAUUGGACUUGAAACAGAGUAUUUAUUCAUGUAAUAUCUUACUAAAAUACUUGGCAGAAACAAGCCAGAGGGUGUAGGAUGCAACUCUUUUGAAGCAAUAAAGAACUUUGGACCAUCACCAGAUGUAAGGACAUUCACAAUCAUGAUGUACUUCUCUGCCGAAAUCAUCCAGGGCAACAGGAGGUGGAUAGAAAAGUAGACUACGAGAUUCUGAAUACAUAUCUCCAAAAGUUGUAGAGGAGAUUGAACAUGAAAGAGAGAUGCUCCGUUUAGCUGACAGAUUGGGCGGGGAAAUGAACCACAUGAAACUCUUAGAGGCCAAGAAUCAGUUUGAGGAGAAAAAUUCCGCUAUUAGACAAGGAAACGACAUCAAGAAACUAGGCCAACAAUCCCUGCCAGAGACAACAGUUCAACCCUUGGUAG